CUUCAGGCGAGGGAAGAUCAGAGCCGCUGUUACGCACCGCGCAAAGAAACGCUCUUCUGAUCCGUUUUGUGUUUUCCCCCAUCGUAUUUACGCGUGCAUUUGUGAAUGAAAGCGGCUGAGGAAGAGGAGGCGGCGCGGGUUAAGUGGACGCUGUUUUCAGUGCACGGAUCACCAAAAACAGCACAAGACGUGUCUCUGCAAACCUCUGACUUUGUGCGCCGCUCUGGGGGGAGCUGCAAACUUUUUUCUUUAAGAAAAUAAAUAAAAGGCUCAGAUUGCAUUCUUUCCCCCUUCAAACAUUUUGGAGGUGAUGUCAUCGGCCCGUGUUUUGGCUGCUGCAGUUGCGCUCGAGCUCCAGGCAGCGGGCAGCGAUUGAGUCCGGGAAAUCAGGUGCAGAGAGCGGCUGUCUGCUUUCACUCAGCCACAUCCUCUGAGCUGGACCGCUGUGGGCUCUCAUCUGUGGGUCUCCAGCGCAGUGGACGCGUAAACGCCACCGCAGGGCGCUGCAGCCAUGACCGAGCCCGCUCCACGGUACCUGGAGUCCAACUCGCCGCCGCCGCGUCUUCUUCGCUCCAUCCCCGUCCAGGCGCUCUGCCUCCCGCGGCGCAUCAGCAAUAAAACACCUGCACGAAUCCAUGCUUGCGCACUGCCGUUCCAUUGAUUUCCUCAGUUCUAAACACAAUCAAUAAGCUCUCUGUGGAAGGACAUUUUCAAAUGUAAAGCUUCAGACUGGAAAGUUACGCACGUACUACUGCUUGGAAAUACUGUGCAUAAACCAGAUUUCGCUGUCUGUCGGGUUCCAGGAAGCCUUUUCGCAGCCAGAAAGUUUUUUUUUACGAGCUUUCGCGGAAACAGCGCAUAGGUGUGGGCCGUCUUUGAACUUCCCUUCACCUGUUCCCCACACUCCGGAGGAUACAGCUGCGCCCCGCCUCCUGCCCGUUACCGACCGACCGAGCGCGCACCGAGAUGCAGUCCAGCGGUGCCAGCGGGAGCGUCCGUGGACCGUGCGUUCAAACGGAUUAAACAAACAGGACAGACGCAAAGCCGUGACCCCGGAGAGCCGUUUCUCAAGCGCGCACGGAGCCACUCGGACGCGGAGGAAGCGAUGUGGGCCUUUCUCUCCACGCUGGCUGUCUUGUAUAUCCAGAUAAUGCUGGUCAUGUGUAAUCCGCUACAGCAGGUCUUUGGUGUGGAUGGGGUGAAUUUCAGCGUGCACGUGGAGAAUCAGACGCGUGCACGAGACGCCAUGAGUCGACGACAUCAUCGUGUGUACCAGCUAUACAGCCGCACGAGUGGAAAACACGUCCAGGUGCUCGGACGCAAAAUCAGCGCUUGUGGAGAGGACGGAGACAAAUAUGCCCAGCUCGUCGUGGAAGCAGACACCUUCGGUAGCCAGGUGCGAAUCAGAGGGAUGGAAACCAAUUUUUACCUGUGCAUGAACCGCAGGGGGAAGCUCAUAGGAAAGAAGGUCAGUAAUCGUAACGCGGACUGCGUCUUCAUUGAAAAGGUUUUGGAAAACAAUUACACAGCGCUCAUGUCAGCGCGAUACGCGGAGUGGUAUGUGGGCUUCACCAAAAGAGGACGCCCUCGCCGCGGUCCCCACACGCUACCAAACCAGCAGGACGUCCACUUCAUGAAGCGUUUCCCUCCUGGAGAGCAGCCAGACGUAAUGCCGUUUCGCUUCACCACCGUUAGCAAGAGAAGCAAGAGAGUCCGUGCAGCACGACCACGCUAAUGCUAACAAUCCACAGCCUCGCUGCAAGACCACGCUAACGUUUACACGAGGACUAGAAAUAAACGAAGACAGUCAUACCCGACAGUCUAGCGAAAAUGACACUGCUAAUGCUAAACAGGACCUGACGUAGGGACAGUCGCGCUUUAUUUGAACGGACAAUGCUAAAUGGUAAUCUAAGAGCGCCACUGCAAAUUCCACUGGGUUGGACGACGAACAAACCUACUAAUAAACACCAGCUUAUUCACACCAGAGCUGUGGUUUACGACAGCUAACUUCUGGUGCGGAGAAGGCUAACCAAAUCAAACACAAAAGGAACGCCCAGUCCAGCGACGUCUCAAAAGCAUUAGCCGUUUAUCCCGCUAACAGCCCUCAAUCCCAUAACGGAGAAACCCUCCCAGCACUCACACUGGCCUGUAGACACCGAUCUGACAAGACCUGCCUUAGGAUAGUGUACACAAAUAAGACAAUUCUGACAUUAUUUACUCACCCUCGUGUCAUUUUAAACCCGUCUUCGGUGGAACAAUAUUCUGUGAAAUAACCGUCUUGCAGUUCAUAGUCUGCCAAGCUCCAAAUAAGACUUUAUAUACAGAAUAAGCUGUCCAUAUGACUUAAAUGGUAUGAGUCUUCUCAAGAGUCUUCUCAAGCCACGUGAUGUAGGUCAUUAGUCGGAGUGGUGGUGGCGUAGUGGGCUACAGCACAGAACUGGUAAGCAGAAGGUUGCUGGUUCGAUCCCCACAGCCACCACCAUUGUGUCCUUGAGCAAGACGAUUAACUCCAGGUUGCUCGUCCCUGGAUAAACAAGUCAUUUGGACUACUUUAAUG